UGGAGCUAACGUUAAUGCCAGUAAUAAGUCAGGUGUUACACCACUGUGUCUUGCUGUUGAAAAAGAAAAUGUAGAAGCUGUUGCGAUGUUGUUAGACAGAGGGGCGGAUAUUAAUGCUAUAUCAUAUAACGAUUAUUCUGACUUUUCUCGUCGCAUCUAUUAUGAAGAAAUUGCUGAUUUUCUUACACAGCAUAUAGUUAAGAUAAAAGCUGCAAAUUUAUUUGUAAGUGAACAAUUAGUAUCAUUAUGCAGCAAUUAUGAAAUAAAAGAUUUACAGGAUGAAUGUGAAAAAGAAGUCGCUAUCAUGAAGAAUGAGAAAAUUAGUAAUACUACCAUAUCAUUUUACGAUAUCUUGAUAAAAGAUACAAAUCAAGUAGCAAUAUACAUGAGAAAUGAAAAUGUAGUGCAGGUUUUAAGAUCGGACGAGUAUAAAACAAAAUUUCCAAUAUACUCUAGCAUGAUAAAAAAUCAGUUCAGAAAUGGUAUGGAAAGAAAAGAGUUGCUUGAACAAGGCACUAAAAGUUUGUAUUUUUUCUGUAAUUGUCCUGAGCUACCACGUGAGUGUAUUGAUCAAAUAUUUAGUUACCUAAGUGAUACUGACAUAAGAAUUUUAAUAGAUGCUUGGAAGUCUGUUAGUGUCAGUAAUUUUAAUACUGAUGUUAAUGAUGAUAGAAAUUACUUCAAAUACAUCUAAAGUGCUAUAAAAUUAUCGUUGCUUUUAUAACUGCUACUAUUGUAAAGAAAUUGCUGAGAUUCUUGAACAGCAUAUAGUUAAGAUGGAAACUGCAAAUUUAUACGUAAGGGAACACUUCUCAAUGAGUCGCAAUCACAAAAUGAAAGAUUUACAGGAUAAAUGUGAAAAAGAAGUAGCAAUCUUGAAGAAUGAAAAAAUUAGUAAUACUAACAUAUCAUUUCAUGAUAUUUUGAUAAAAGAUACAAAUCCAUUAGCAAUAUAUAUGAGAAAUGAAAAUGUAGUGCAGGUUUUAAGAUCAGACGAGUAUAAAACAAAAUUUCCAAUAUACUCUAGCAUGAUAAAAAAUUAGUUCAGAAAUGGUAUGGAAAGAAAAGAGUUGCUCGAACAAGGCACUAUAAGUUUCUAUUUUUUCUGUAACUUUCCUGUGCUACCAUUUGAGUGUAUUGAAAAAAUAUUUAGUUUCUUAAGUAAUAAUGACAUAAAAAUAUUAAUAGAUACUUGUAAAUCUGUUAGUAUCAGUAAUCUUAAUAACUGAUAAUUAUGAUGUAGCAAUUACUUGAAAUACAUCUCUAAAGUGAUAUUUUUUUUUUUUUUUUUUAUUAGGUAUUUAACGUGCCUGUAGCUCUAAUUAGGCUAUUAGACACAUUUAUGUCGAAGAUCAAGAUUUUUCUUUUUCGAAGUCAAUUUGUGCAGUUCUUUUUGUUCCUACUACCACGCGAUACACGGCCGUCUUUU